UGUCUUUUGCAAUAUUUGCCUUCAAUUCGCCAACAGAAGCUCUUUCCUCAUCACAGCUCAGCCUGACCCAAAUCUCAGGCUGUUCUCUCUUUCCAUUGAAGCCAAGACUUUACAGCUCCGAUCUCUCGAUCCGGUGAGAUCUCUUCCAAAGGUUCUGGGGAUGUGGUUUUUCUGUCAUUGAUAUCUGCGGUUGAUGCAACGACUUAUUUAGUGUUCAGCGAUUCUGAUUGAUCUUGAAAAUGAUGACCUUUGUUUCCUAAUUUUUUUUUAUUGUUGUCGGAUCUGGGUUUAAGCUGGGAUUUUGAUUAUGGAAAAAGAGUUAGUAGAUCAAGAUGAAGGCACUCAUUCUUGUUGGAGGCUUCGGGACUCGGUUGAGGCCAUUGACUCUCAGUUUCCCAAAGCCGCUUGUUGAUUUUGCUAAUAAACCCAUGAUCCUUCAUCAGAUAGAGGCACUUAAGGCAGUUGGAGUUGAUGAAGUGGUCUUGGCCAUCAAUUACCAGCCAGAGGUGAUGCUUAACUUCUUGAAGGACUUUGAGGCAAAGCUUGAAAUCAAAAUCACUUGCUCACAAGAGACUGAGCCUAUGGGUACAGCUGGUCCUCUGGCUCUAGCGAGAGACAAAUUAAUUGACGGUUCUGGAGAGCCCUUCUUUGUCCUCAACAGUGAUGUGAUUAGUGAGUACCCACUCAAAGAGAUGAUUGAGUUUCACAAAGCUCACGGUGGAGAAGCCUCCAUAAUGGUGACAAAGGUGGAUGAACCGUCGAAAUAUGGAGUUGUGGUUAUGGAAGAAACUACAGGAAAAGUGGAGAAGUUUGUGGAAAAGCCAAAACUGUACGUAGGUAACAAGAUCAACGCUGGGAUUUAUCUUCUAAACCCAUCGGUUCUUGACAAGAUUGAGCUUAGACCGACUUCAAUCGAGAAAGAGACAUUCCCCAAGAUUGCAGCAGCUCAGGGACUCUAUGCGAUGGUGCUACCAGGAUUUUGGAUGGACAUUGGGCAACCCCGUGAUUACAUAACGGGCCUGAGACUCUACUUAGACUCUCUGAGAAAGAAAUCUCCUGCCAAGUUAACCACUGGUCCACACAUUGUCGGGAAUGUUCUUGUGGAUGAAACAGCUAAGAUCGGGGAAGGAUGUUUGAUAGGACCGGAUGUAGCCAUUGGUCCAGGCUGCGUUGUUGAGUCAGGUGUUAGACUGUCACGCUGCACGGUCAUGCGUGGGGCACGUAUCAAGAAGCACGCAUGUAUCUCGAGCAGUAUCAUCGGGUGGCACUCAACGGUUGGACAGUGGGCUAGGAUUGAGAACAUGACGAUCCUUGGAGAAGAUGUUCAUGUGAGCGAUGAGAUUUAUAGCAAUGGAGGAGUUGUUUUGCCACACAAGGAGAUCAAAUCCAACAUCUUGAAGCCAGAGAUUGUGAUGUGAGUGAUACUACGUGGAAUGAUCAGGACCAGACUUCGUAAAACUCUUGGUUGUGUCUUUCUUUCUCAACUUUGUGCUUUCGUUAUUCUUCUUGGCUUGAAUAAGCAUACCAAAAAAAGAAAUGCUGUAUAUCUUGUUAGGGUUAAAGUCAUUUGGUGUUUUGUCUCUCUAUUUUAUUGUAACUUAUCAACACAAUUCUCAAAUUAUUUGACGAUCUUUUUGAAUAUUCAGUAUUGAGUUUUCUAA